AUGGGACAUCCUUCUAUCACCAUCUUGUAUGGCUCCGAGACCGGAAAUUCUCAGGAGUUUGCACAGGUCCUUGGUAGAAAAUGCCUAUAUUUAUCUUUGAACACAGUUGUCUCGUCAUUGGAUAACUUUGAUUUGAAGAGGUUGUUGGAUGUCAAGCUGUUGGUGGUUAUCUGUUCCACUACGGGGCAAGGGGACAUCCCUAGAAACGGGAAGAAGUUUUGGAAGUUCAUGUUAAAAAAGGGUCUUCCUAGUGAUCUGUUAUCUCAUCUAAGUUUCACAACUUUUGGUCUAGGUGACUCAUCCUAUGCCAAGUUCAACUAUGCAAUCAGAAAAAUCCAUAAGAGGUUGAUUCAACUUGGAGCGCACGAGUUCAGUGAUAGGGCAGAGAGUGAUGAGCAAUCACCAGAGGGAAACGAAGGUUAUUAUGCGGAGUGGGAAAGGCGUCUGCUAGAAAAGAUCAAAAAGCUCAGUCACCAUGAGAUCGAUCCUAAUACACUAUUGCCACCGAUGAAUGGGAUUGUUCCGCAGACAAGCAAGUUCAAAAAGAUUACUGACAAUGUUAAAGAAGUGGCCUUGACAAGGUCUGAUCUUAUAACUGGAAUAAUUGGGGCCAAUGAACGAAUCACGUCCCCAGAUCAUUUUCAGGAUGUUAGAAGACUAGUGAUCAAGGACCCUAGCAACUCGUUGGAAUAUAAACCAGGUGACACAGUCGCUUUAUAUCCUAGCAAUGAUCCCAAAGAUGUGGAAUCACUGAUCGAAGAUCAAGAUUGGCAGAAUAUUGCCGAUUUCCCUUUAAUUAUCGAUGGUCCCACGCCGACUAUCGAAGGUGGUUUGGUCAAGAAGUUGACCCUAAGAUCGUUAUUAACUCAUCAUUUGGAUAUCAUGUCUAUACCCCGGCGUUCAUUCUUCAUGAUUGCCCAUCAUUUCUCCACCGAUGAGCGUGAGAGAGAAAAGCUAUAUGAGUUUUCUCUCAUUGAGAACAUUGAUGCUCUGUACGAUUACGCCAAUCGACCAAGACGAUCAAUUUUGGAGACCAUACUGGAGUUUCAUUCAUUACACAUUCCGGUUCAAUAUGUAUUUGAUCUCAUUCCAACCAUCAAGCCAAGAUUAUUUUCCAUUUCAUCGAAUCCAAGCCCUUCUACUGUUGAGCUCACUGUCGCUAUCGUGGAGUAUCGUACAAUUAUUAAACGACUCAGAAAAGGUGUGUGCACGAGAUGGGUAAAAGAGUUGGAAGAAAAUGAUAGAAUCAAGUUUUCAAUUCACCCGAACAAUGUCAAGUUUUCCUCUGGACCUUUGAUAAUGGUUGCCCCAGGAACUGGAAUAGCACCAGUCAAAUCAAUCAUUGAGCAAAGACUAGAACUAGGACUGCAAGACAUGUAUCUCUUUACUGGAAACAGAUUUCAUGAUAAGGAUUUUCUUUACGGUGAUUUAUGGGAAUCUCUCGCAUCAAAGAGCCAACUCCAACUCUUUCCCUCAUUUUCCAGAGAUGAGAAAAAAUCAUAUGUUCAAGACACAUUGUAUGCACAGAGUAACCUGAUCUUUGACCUUAUUUAUAAUAAAAAUGCCACUUUCUACCUAUGUGGAUCAUCCGGAAAAAUGCCCAUUCAGGUUAGAAUCACCAUAGAAACCAUAUUAGAAGAUCAUUUGGGAAUUUCGAACGAAGAGUCGAAGAGUUUAUGUUUAGAGCUAGAGAAUAAGGGGAGAUACAUCCAGGAGACGUGGUAA